GCACAAAAAAAAAAAACCUAUCUCCAUCUGCAGGAAACUGCCCGGAUUCUUUGAGCCCCCCCCUCUCCUAACCCCCUGAACUCUCUUGGCUUUAUCCCUUUAUCUAUCUAUAAAGGUUAAGUCAUAGCGAAAAUGUCAGAGAGUCAGACGGGUAAUGGAGCUCACACCAUAAACUCCCAUGGCAAAGAACUCGCAAAAGAGCAUAUGCACGAUUGGCUGGUCCUUUUGCUCUUAGCAUUGAUUGAUCUGUUACUAAACGUCAUCGAGCCUUUCCAUCGCUACGUUUCAGAAGAUAUGAUGACCAAUUUGAAAUAUCCUUUCUAUGAAAAAGACACCAUUCCUAUGUAUUUUGUUCCGGUAUAUGCUGGGAUACUUCCAAUCGCGAUAUUCCUCAUGUAUUACAUGCGUCGAAAGGAUGUGUAUGAUCUACACCAUGCUAUGCUUGGACUUCUAUAUGCACUUUUGAUAACAGCAGUCAUCACUGAUUCGAUAAAAGAUGCCACUGGUCGUCCACGACCAAACUUCUACUAUAGAUGUUUUCCGGAUGGUAAAGGGGAGUUCAAGGCCAAUGGGGAUGUUUUAUGCCAUGGAGAUAGACUCAAAAUAAAGGAAGGAUAUAAGAGCUUUCCUAGCGGACACACUUCAUGGUCUUUUGCCGGUCUUGGAUUCCUUGCUUGGUAUUUAUGCGGAAAACUAAGGGCCUUUAGCAACAAGGGACACGCACGAAACUUGUGUAUCGUCGUGUCUCCUUAUCUUUUCGCUGCACUAGUUGGAGUGAGUCGUGUGGAUGACUAUUGGCAUCAUUGGACCGAUGUUUUUACAGGAGCAUUGAUAGGAACAACUGUUGCUGCAUUCUGCUACUUACAGUUCUUCCCAUUCCCAAAUCACAAAAAUGGUUGGGCGCCUCAUGCGUUUAUCGCUGUUAUGGAAAUGGAACGCUCUCUAAACGCAGAAGGUGCAAAUGCACGUUCUGCUGAUUUGGAUGUUUAACAAGGGAGAGGAGACAUGGAGCCACGGUUAUAUGGAGAUCAAUCUAAUA